AUGGUGGCAUUCAGUCUCAAUGAGUGUUACUUCGCCAACAAAGGCGCGGCGUUGGUGCUCGGUAGUACGGAGCAGGGCUGCGCAGACCGGCGCGUGUCUCCCGCCCGUGUGCACCCGCAGCCCGACAUACAUCACCACCUACAGUCCAUGUUUUAUCUGGUGCGCCCGGAGGAGACGCUCAAAAUGGCGGUGAAGCUGGAGAGCGCCCACGCUGGUCGUACUCGUUACCUGGUAGUUGUUUGUCGGUGUGAUGAGGCAGCGCUGCUCGGGAUAGAUUGUAACGAGCGGACCACCGUGGGACUAGUGCUGAGGGUACUGGCUGAUACCUCCAUCAAGCUCGAUGGUGAUGGCGGUUUCAGCGUUUGUGUAUGCAAUCAACAGCACAUAUUCAAACCCGUGUCCGUUCAGGCCAUGUGGUCAGCGUUACAAACGCUUCACCGUGCGAGCGCCCGGGCCCGCGAGUUGAAUCAUUUCGCUGGUGGCUCGUCCCACGGCUGGUGUUCCCACUACGAGAGGGCUGUGGACUCAGACCGCUCCUGCCUCAACGAGUGGCACGCCAUGGACAGUAUCGAGUCGAGGCGACCACCGUCACCUGACUCUCUCAGGCAUAGGCCCCGAGAGCGUGAUGAAACGGAAAGAGUGAUCAGAUGCACUCUCAAGGAAAUAAUGAUGAGUGUGGAUCUUGACGAAGUUACAAGCAAAGCUAUCAGAGGACGGCUCGAGGAGGAAUUAGACAUGGACCUGACGGAGUUCAAGUCGUUCAUAGACCAAGAGAUGCUUACCAUACUGGGGCAAAUGGACGCGCCCACGGAAAUAUUCGACCACGUGUACCUGGGUUCCGAGUGGAAUGCCAGCAACUUGGAGGAAUUGCAAAGAAACGGAGUUCGCCAUAUACUCAACGUGACAAGAGAAAUAGAUAAUUUUUUUCCUGGUAUGUUUGAUUACCUAAAUAUUAGAGUUUAUGACGACGAAAAGACUGAUCUACUAAAACAUUGGGAUAACACAUUUAAGUACAUAAACAAAGCUAGAAAUGAAGGUUCUAAGGUUCUCGUGCAUUGCAAGAUGGGUAUAAGUAGGUCGGCUUCAGUCGUUAUCGCUUACGCCAUGAAGGCUUUCAAUUGGAAUUUCGAUAAGGCUUUGAAGCACGUGAAGACUAAGAGGAGUUGUAUCAAACCGAAUAUAAACUUCCUCAGUCAGCUGGAGACCUACCAGGGUAUACUGGACGCCAUGAAGAACAAGGAGAAGUUACAGCGCUCUAAAUCUGAAACUAACCUUAAAGCUCCGAUCUCAUCAUCCAAGAGUGAAAACAAAAAUAUGGAGCCGACGCCGUUGGUGCUGGCACUGACGGGGUCGUACUCGGGCCGGCCGCGCUCCUGGUCUCCCGACACCAAGCUGGCUGCCGAGUUACUGCCGCCUACCUCCGUUUCACUGGAGAAUCUCGCCUCCGAGACUAGACACAUGCUCAUGCCGUGCGCCAGCGGCUCCUACAGCGUCUCACCCAACCAGAUAAUGCGGCUCAAGGAGGAGGGCGCGCCUUCAGUCAAACACAUCGUCAACGAAAUCGAGAGCGCCGCCUCGAGCGACAGAAAGGAUAUCCCAAAAAGAAAUCACAGGUUAAACUUCGGAAAUUCCGGGGACGUUAUUUCUGCUCGAUCAUCGGAGAGCUCCGGUCCUGUGGAGUCUAGUAGCAAAAAUCAAUCAUCUCCAAUACAGAAUACAGUAAACCAGCCCGACCUGGACGUGGAGAAAAUUCACACGUGGGAUCCGGGGGAGACCGCCUGGUCGCGCAGUGAGGAGGUCCGGACAGUCUCGGACAGUGAUUACAUAGUUAAGAGUGACAGUGGUAUCAUAGACAAAAUUAAAUUGAGUGACAUUAUAUACAAUUCGUUAGAACGCAAUGUAGAGUUGGAGGAGAGGAGGGGCGGCGAGGAAGACGCGCCGCCUCCCAGCAGGCAAAGUUCGUGGAGCUCGUUCGACAGCGCGGUGGUCGCUGACCUGUCCCGACACUCGUCGUGGGGGUCAUACGAUACGCGCGGAGCGAGACCACCGGUGGGUCCGCGAGAAACCCGAGAGGAACCCGCGCCUCCCGCGGACCUGGCAGUCAUACGGGAGCAUACCGAGCGCACCCGCCCUAUUUCGAACAUAGCCGCCAACGAGAGGAAGUUCUACGAGACCUGUGCCAUACUGAAGGAGCUGGCGGCCGCGCGCUCUGGCGCCUGCACGUGGGGAGGCCGGCUGUCCGCCUCCGCGCCCGCCGACACGUGGCUGCGCGCCGGGCCGCGUCGCCGCCGCCUGGCUGCGUCCUCGCAUGGAGACCUGCCUCGAGCCGCGCCCGCCGGCCCGCCUCCGCCGCCUGCGCUGGGCCUCGUCAGCAACCUCAAAAAGGAAUUCGAGGCUCGUUCCGAGUCAGAGGUCCCACGGCGGUCGGGGUCUCGCACGAGACAACCGCAAAUUGAGGAUUUGUCGGUGCGCGUGCUCGUGGACCGCUACGACCAACCCGGCCGGACGCGUUCCGAAUCAGCCGCGGAACCGAUCCGAGUGAAAGCGCCUCAAGAGUCUGUAUCCAAGAAGUGCAAGUUGGCGUCUGAGGUGGACAGGGGGGCUCGUAUGCGCAACUCGUACUGCGCGGGGCUGGCGGGCGGCGCGGGGGGCGAGAGGCCGCCCGUGGUGCCGACGGUGGUCGCGCUCGCUCCCCUCGACUACUCUAAUGUAGUGGUAUCAACUGUGAUGUCGAAAGCUCAAAAUAAAAAACAAUUACAGCAUGGGAAAACCCAUCCGUUGACGAGGCUCAACUUGAACCGGUCGAAUAAUAGGUGUUCGAAUCCUGUGUAUAAUACUAUGUAG